AUGUCACAACCUAUAGUAUCAGUCCCAGUCUACCGACAACGUUCCAUUCCCCGAAACCGACCUCAAGUCUCUAUGAAAUCCGUACAUUAUGACGAAUUACCUCGAAACACGUAUCCUACACCAACUGUAUCACCGUCUGAUGUUGUUGAAGGUGCUGCUGGUGGUAUUGUUCAGGAGUAUGGUGGGAGCAGAGACGAAGUUGAGACGUAUCACGGGUAUAUACACACUGCGAGAGAUGCGUUGUUGUUGCUGGAGGGGUGUAGAGUUGGGAGGUUGAGGCUUGUGCCUGAUCGACAAAGUGGAGCCUGUAUUCGAUCUGGUGCAGUUUUUGUUUGGAAUGAAGAAGAGUCUGGGAUUAAGAGAUGGACUGAUGGACGACAAUGGACCCCAUCACGUAUCAGUGGAUGUUUCCUCAUCUACCAAGAACUCACCGCCCAAGGCAACCUCGACUCUAAAUCAUCACGAGCAUCAGCAGCCACAUCAUUUUCAAUCAAGGAAGGAGGUCUCAUCAAACGUGGCAUGUCGGUUGUAACUGCAGACAAGGUCAAGAUGCAUCUGGUUUCGUACUUUACUCGAGAAGACGUUGCUGCGAAAGCCCUCAUAUCGCCUAGUGAAGAUCCAGCAUUAAGAGAUGUAGUUAUUGCUCCUGAAUACUAUCCGGAAUUCAAGUCGUAUGAUACUCCACCACAGAAUGAGUCUCGGUAUGCUAGAUCUAGUGCUGCUGUUAACGAAGCGAGAACAUGGCAAGCUUCAGAACCAACGAAAGCUAUCAGUGAACAUUCCUAUUACGAUCAACCAGGACCAGCAUGGCUCCAGAACGAAUACACCGGAUCUAUCCGCCCAAACAACAUGUACCACGCUCGCACCACUCCAUACCAGUAUCCACCACGACCACAGCCAUCGCACACGGCGGGACCUAUAGACUCGAUAUUUGAUGUAACGGUUGUUUCCAUACCUACAGGAAGACAUGAGCCAGGAGGUGAACUCGAAACGCAGAGGAGACUUGCAAUUGUGCUUCCACCUCCGGUAUUGGAUUCACCUCGUCAUCCGCUUGAUCAGCGGUUUAUUGACAGGUUGUCAUCCUAUUCGCAACGGUCUGAGAUGUUAAAUGAAGAGAGACGGCACCAACAAUAUCAGUCUGAUAAUCAAGUGCUGCCACCGAUGAAUUCUUUCGGUGUUGCGAACCGUGGUGGGCUUUUGAGGACUCCUUCUUCGUCGUCAGAUGAGUCUGAAAUGACCUGGCGGCCAACACAGGAACGGAUGUUGGAUGGUGUCUAUGAGAGAAAGAUGUCUGAUUUCGUUACUGCUGAACGGAAAUCAUUAUUUAUUUAUCUUCGUAGUAAAGAACGCCGAGAGGUUGAGUGGAAGGGAGAGACCAAAACUUCCCGAAUGUAUGUAUACUCGAUCGUGAUUGAAGUAUUUGCACCCACGAGCAUCCCUAUACUUGAUUCCACCUCGAUCAAAUCACCAGAAGCAUUGCCGUCAGAUAUCUUUGGCGAAUUACAUACUUCAUACAAGCAACAGGAGACUACCAAGGCAACGAACAAUAAUAGUAGCAACAGUGUCACUAGUAGUAAUAGUCAAAAGAAGAAGGCUAAAUCAGCUACAUCGUCAUCCGCCAGUCAAGAUUACCGAUUAGGACGAUUGUCUGUCGAGUGGAUUGAUCUAGCACUUGAACCAGAGCCUGAGCUAGAAGAAGACGAAGGAACGCAGGAUUCUAGAAUGGAUGACGUGCCUUCAUCAACGUACGCAGAGAUCGCAGGGUCAUCGUCAACUACUCGAAACUCACGAUCUGGAAGCAUGUCGUCAAACACGAAUGUUACUCCUACCAAGGCUUCGUCAUCGUCAGCAGGGGAUGUGAUAACGCCGAACAGUAAUAAGAAUACUAGUGAUGAGCCUUCCAUGAUGGCAGAACUGGUAGCUGCACAACGUGAUGAUGCGCUUUUUCAAAGUACAGGAGGUGGUGGAAACAAGACACGGAAACGGACCAAUGCACCUAUAAUACCUACGUCUGGUAUAUUCGUGCCCUUCAAAACAGGCAAAACGAAACUGAAUGCUGGUAUCGUGCAUCUAUAUCGAGAUCGUAAGGAAAUCGAAGAUGUGGUAUCUCCUGCUGUUAUAUCAGACGACGAGGACGCUGCCGAGCAAGCUAAAGGAUCUGGAACUAUAUUAUGUAUACUAGCAGUACCCUCAUACAUGACAACACAAGAUCUAUUGUCGUUUGUGGGACCAGCCCGUAAAUCCAUAUCUCAUUUACGUAUUGUGCGAGACUCGUUACCGAAUCGAUACAUGGUGUUGGCUAAAUUUAGAGAUGUGAGAUCUGCUGAGAGGUUUAGAGGGCUGUUUGAUGGCAAGCAAUUCAAUUCUCUCGAAUCGGAGGUUGCUCAUGUUGUUUUUGUCAAGAGUGUCGAGUUUAAGAGUCAGUCGAUACCGCCGUAUGCAUUUCCGCCUGUACCAGAAGCACUAGCAUCUUCGUUCAGUAAUGGUAAUAGCGGUGCAGCUACAGUUACGGCUUCUACGAGUGCUUCGCCAGAUAAAGCAGCACCAGUCAUCACAGCAACUAUGUCGGUAGAUGAUACUACAAAGUCUAGUAGCAGUAAUAACGAUCGUAGUAUAACUCCAACAGCAUCCUCUACAACCAACACCACCAACACAACUGUCGCCCAACAACAAUAUCAUCACCCACCAACACUAGUCGAAUUACCCACAUGUCCAGUAUGUCUAGAACGUAUGGAUUCCGCCGCAACAGGUUUAUUAACUAUAAUAUGCCAUCACACCUUCCAUUGCUCCUGCCUUGCAAAAUGGGGCGACUCGUCGUGUCCAGUAUGUAGAUACUCUCAGCAACCAAAAGGUCCAGGCCUACUCCCAUCCGAAGACGAAGAGCAGAACGAAUGUGCUCAAUGUGGCGCCACUGAAGAUUUAUGGAUUUGUCUUAUAUGUGGCCAUAUUGGGUGUGGACGGUACCGUCGUGCACAUGCUCGAGAGCAUUUCACAAGUACACAGCACUUGUAUGCUCUAGAGCUAGAAACACAACGAGUAUGGGAUUAUGCUGGUGAUGGAUAUGUGCAUCGGUUGAUUCAGAAUAGGGCGGAUGGUAAAUUGGUCGAGUUGCCACCACCAGAUGCUAGAAGUCGUGGUAAUACGCAGAUAUUGACGUCACCUCAAGCAGAAAUCGACUACUACAAUAAUAAUAACAACAACAUCCAUAACGGAAACAACCAUGCGUACAACAAUUAUAGUAACAAUGAUAAUGCUAUAAGUGGUGACAAAGGCAUUGAUGCUCUUGGAGUCGAAUAUGGGUAUUUGCUAGCCACUCAAUUAGAAUCACAACGUAUAUGGUAUGAAGCUCAAUUAACCGCUGUACGUACCGACUCUGAAUCCCGUAUACAAGAACUUGUAAACACCCUAUCGACCGAACGCCAAAUACGUGAAUCCAUACAAUUAGAACGUGACACACUUAAAAACGAUGAACUGCCCACCCUACUUUUACAAAACAAAAUCUAUGAUCGAAAGAUGGAACGACUACUCGAACGCAUGAAUGCAAUGGAGAAAUCACUCGCUGAAGAACGACAAUUGAACAUAGGAUUACGUGAUAAUCAAGCCUCGUGGCGGGCACAGAUUGAGACGAGAGAUAAAUUGUUGCUGGAGAGGGAUAAACAGGUGAAUGAUUUGCAGGAGCAGUUGAGAGAUAUCAUGUUUUAUCUCGAAACGCAGCAGAAGGUGGAGCAGUCCGGGAUUAAGGAUGAGAUUACGGGUGGGCAGCUUGUUAUUGAGCAGAGUACUCCUAGUAGUAGUGGGAAGAAGAGGGGGAAAUCAAAGAAAUGA